AUGCCUUCCGGCCAUGUGCUUCUCAUCUUCCUCCCCUCCGCAACCGCUGCAGUAGGCGGAGCUCUGAAGGUGGCGGAGGCGAGGAAGGGGCUCUCACUCUCCUCGCUUGCCCCGCUGGGGCUUUCUCUUGCUUUGAGUUUCUCCUCCCCUUCCCUGGCCGUUCCUUUCCCUGCAGGCGUAGGAGCUCCGGUGGUCGUUCCGACCACCCCCUUCUCGCAGUCCCGGGAUCUGAAAUUCGGCCUGGAGGACGGGUUGCGAUCUCCAUUCCUUCGUCUUGGUUUCUGCUUGUUCCCGAUUGCGGCGCUUGGGUGAUGUGGUUCGUCUCUUUGCUGUAGGAAGAUAAGGCCGUGCCCCUCCACAAAUCCGGGAUGCGUCUCGACGAACCCCAAGUCCUCCUCGUUCGCUUUCCCUCUGGUGAUCCCGAGUGGUUCCUCGGAGAAUGCCGUUCAGGUGCUGUAGUCUCUCCCCCCUCCCUAUCUCUCUCGCUCUCUCUCUCUCUCUCUCCUCUUUCGCUCUCUUGGGAUUUGAGGAAUGAAAUUUAAACUUCGCCGAUAGAAAAACGAAAUGGUUGUGGCUUCCAUCCCUGCGCAGGCUCUGAAGGACGCAAUUUUGAGAACUCAGAAGAAUGUGAAGUUUCAGGUCGCAGAGGAGACUCCUUACGGUAAUCUAAUGGACGGCUAAUGAAGAUUUCAUGGACAAUGUUUCAGUUCUCCUGCUAUAUGAUCUCAUCUGUCUUUAAUAUAUUUUUAAAGACCAGUUCACCUGAUUAGUUCUUCUACUCAUCCUCCAGGCCAGUAUCUGCAGGCAGAGGUUGAUGGAGGAUUUGGCCGAGACGUGAUGGAGUUCUUGGUGAAGGGAGAUGUGGUCGUAUACAGAUCCAUGGCCACCAAGGUCACAUACAUCUAUCCAUUCACCACUGCUUUUGGCGACUCCAAAGGACAGGAGGAGAGGAUGGAGAAGAUCGUGGAGCAGCUGGGUUGGUAUUCCCCCAAAUUCGACACAAUGGACUGA